GAGAAACUCUGUCUAAAAAAAAAAAAAAAAGAAAGAAAGAAAGAAAAAAAGGCUUUGCUCCUGGUCACAGCUGCCAGCACCCAGAAAGAGGAAGUGACUGACAGCAAGGGUCUCUGUGCUCUUCCCACGGCCUCUCCCCGCUACCUCUGGUUCCCUGGGGACAGGGGUGCAUGCUGCCUUAGAAGAGCUUGAAUGCUUCUCCUCGGAGGAUCUUGGUGUCAGGGGAUUGGCAGUCAAGGACUUAUAGUGCCCUCUGGGUUGCAGAGGGUCCCCCAUGAGGAGAAGGGGUGGACCAGGGCUGGUGGCCUGGAUAGAGAUGAAAGACCUUGAAUACAGCAAUCCCUGCCCUCUGAGCUGAUAGCUAUUUUCUCCUUCAGCUCCCUCCCCUCUUUCCCCUUGCCUGGUGCCCAGUCCUGCUGCUUUCGGGAGCUGCCAGCCUCCCCGACUCGACUCUGCGCUCACUCUGUGGCCAGAGGAGGGGCCAGCUCUCCUGAUCUCAAUCAAUCAGCACACCCAGGCAGCAACUUCUGAGGCUGACAGUGGCUCUCUAGGAGGAACUGCAGAGAGGCUGCAAGCUUAUGGUUCCCGGGUGCCUGGCUCAGCCCUCCUUUCUUCCCCUUUGCCAUGGCCAACAUCACAGUGAAGCAGCUCUGUCCACUCUUGGAGGAGAUGACCCAGUUUCCAAACCACAGCAACUCUAGCACCCGCUAUAUUGACCACGUGUCCGUGCUGUUACACGGGCUGGCUGCGCUGCUGGGCUUGGUGGAGAACGGACUCAUCCUGUUUGUGGUGGGCUGUCGCAUGCGCCAGACGGUGGUCAGCACCUGGGUGCUGCACCUGGCGCUGUCCGACUUGCUAGCCUCCUCCUCCCUGCCUUUCUUCACCUACUACCUGGCGGUGGGCCACUCCUGGGAGCUGGGCACCACCUUCUGCAAGCUGCACUCCUCGGUCUUCUUUCUCAACAUGUUUGCCAGCGCCUUCCUGCUCAGCGCCAUCAGCCUGGAUCGCUGUCUGCAGGUGGUAAGGCCAGUGUGGGCACAGAACCACCGCACGGUGGCGGUGGCACACAGAGUCUGCCUGGUGCUCUGGGCUCUGGCGGUGCUCAACACAGUGCCUUAUUUCGUGUUCAGGGACACCAUCCCGCGGCUUGACGGCCGCAUCAUGUGCUAUUACAACAUGCUGCUCUUCAAUCCAGGGCCUGACCGCGACGCCACAUGCGACUAUCGCCAGAAGGCCCUGGCUGUCAGCAAGUUCCUGCUGGCCUUCGUGGUGCCUCUGGCCAUCAUCGCCUCGAGCCACGUAGCCGUGAGCCUGCAACUGCGCCACCGCGGCCACCAGAGGACAGGCCGCUUCGUGCGCCUGGUGACGGCCGUGGUGGCGGCCUUCGUGCUCUGCUGGGGGCCCUACCAUGUCUUCAGUCUGCUGGAGGCGCAUUCCCAUUCUGUUACCGCGGUGCGGCAGCUCGUGUCCCGUGGGCUCCCAUUCGUCACCAGCCUGGUCUUCUUCAACAGCGUGGUCAACCCACUGCUCUAUGUGUUCACCUGCCCCGACAUGCUGCACAAGCUGAAGCACUCGCUGCGCACAGUGCUUGAGAGCGUGCUGGUGGAGGACAGCGACCUGAGCGGUGGGUCGGGCAGCCGCCGCCGCCACGUUUCCUCCACCGCCACCUCAGCCUCCACCCUCCUGCCGGCUGACCGCCUUUCCACCCUACGACCUGGGCGCUUGACCCGCUGGAUGAGGGGUGGCGGGGCACAGGCCCCGCAGAGGGUCCAGGUGCUGAGCUCCACCUCGGAUUAGAACCCCUCGGCCUUGGAUGGCACGCCAGCACACCCCUGGCCUCUCCUCAUACCCCACUGAAAACGCACAUUGCCAAUGCCAGGCCCAGGUUGUAGCUCCCCUGGGUAAGCUCCAGCAAACUAGCUUGUGGAAGUGCCCUGGGUGACUGGGAGCAAAGUGAAUUGACGCAAUCCUUCCUGAACAUUUAAUCUUGUGGUGUGGAGCUGGGAGAUCAGCAGGGUGUGGAAGCAACCUUUAGAGGAGUUACCUAGUUUCACUGCUGGCCCCAGGCUUCUACACAUUUAAGAACAACUGCCUAGGGAUCUUGAUGAGGGCGGGGGUGAUUUUGUACUUCCAAUACCUUCCAGGCAGCUGUCCCAAGGACAACUGGGAGUCAGAAAGGUUAAACUCACAGCCUGUGUAUCAUAAGGCACUGCUUUGUGGAUGGGACAAAAGGAGAUGUUCAAUUAACAAGUGUAGGAGGGUCAGAGGAAGGAAAAGGGUUAAGUAGUUUCCAGCCAAACACCUUCACUCUUAGGCCCCUGCUUGGCCUUUCAUCACGCAACCUUGCUGGCCAGCUCCUACUCAGGGAUCUUCACUCCCCAGUCUCAGGGCUGCUGCUGCUACAGACUGCAUCACUGGUUGAAUUCUAUCCAGAGCCAACACCCUCCAACCUCCCCAGCAUUACUGCUGUCUCUAGGGAUAGGGCCUGGCAGCUCUCAAGUCCACCUGCAGGUAAGAAGGGCACCCUUACCAGCCAUGGACCUUCUACCACACUGCACCUAAUGUCCUCUACCAUGUGAACAGACUCCAGGGCAGCCAGCAAUGGCUCACCUCUACAUUCCAGGGGAAGCAGAGUGGAUGUGGAUAUAGAAGAGCCAGGAUGAGAAAUUUUCACAUCUCCUGAACCACUCAAGGCUAAGCUGGUUGUCAGUUCUUCAGUGCCAAGUAGACUUCAAGCUCAGAGCAGGUGCUUCUCAAACUGGCUAGUAAAAUGUCACCCUUAACCCCCUUCUGCUUUACUCAGAGCACAGCACACCUGGCACACCAUGUAUUUUAAUUGUUUACUAUGAGAAUCCCCCAUUGGGGGCAGGGACUUCUAUCUUUCUGGGAGCCCAGAGAUGUACUUGUGCAGGUAUCAAUAAGCAAACACUUCUGGUUGGAACAGCACAAGCCCUAAGACCUCGACAGUCUAGCAUAGGAAAGGGGUGCUGGGAAGGAACCCAGUUCCCCCAAACUUCCCACUUAAAUCUCCAUCUAGGUUAGGAAAAGGCUGGCUCCAG